UGAGAAAAGUGCUCGUAGCGAUCCAUAGUUGUCCGACUAGCACAGUAAGGAUUGCAUCGCGGUGGAUAGGCAAGUGAUAAAAGUGCAGACCGUGUCCUCACCGAUUUCGAUAAAUCAGCAUUUUCACCUCACGCUUGCAACGUCAAGCUUCUUGGUCGCCGGCGUCGUGAAUCGUGGUUUUACAAAGUGGCUUCAAAUUGGACCGCGAAUGGAUCUCGAGAUUUAUCAUUGGCCUGUCUCUUCAGACGUGGCGUCAAUGCGCGACUCGUCUGGACGGAGGGAUGUCCACGAUGCGGCGCUCUACGCGCUCCCUCCGUCUCCGUCGUCGACGUGUCAUUCGCGAUUUUAGACCAUCGGAAUCUCAUCACCAAGUCGCAACAAGUGGAACUCGCUAUGAAAUCCGUCUCGGAGCUUUUUGGCGACAGGAAUGACGUGGCCAUCACCGCUGCCACUGCAGUGGCCGUGAGUCUGGGGCUGUCGUUGCUGCUGCACAGCACCAAGAAGAAUAAGGCCAUCGAAGCUCGGAGAGUGCCUCCUAUGCCCAAGUCUACACUGCCUAUUCUCAAAAGCUUGCUCGAUAUCGGUGGUACCGUCGACACGUUCCACGACUGGCUGUAUGAACAGUCCGCCGAGUUCGACAAUCGCCCUUGGAUGUAUCAUAUUCCUGGCCGUCCAGAGACCAUCGUUCUCUCCUCCCCCGAUACCAUCGAGGAUGCCAUGUCCACUCAAGGCCACAUCUUUCUACGUGGUCCGGUGGGGCAGUACACGAGCUACGAUAUCUUCGGCAAGGGUAUGAUCAUCGCUGACGGAGACCAGUGGUACUACCACCGCAAGACAGCGAGCCACUUGUUCUCCAUGCAGAUGAUGAAAGAAGCCAUGGAAUCCACUGUGCACGAGAAGCUCGAAGUCUUCUUGGACGUACUGGACAUCUACCACAAGCGUGGUAAGCCGUUCAGUCUCAAGGAGGAGCUUCUCCACUUCACUAUGGACGUAAUUUCCAAGAUCGGCUUCGGAGUGGAACUCAACACGCUCAAGGACAGUCCAGACCGCGACACGGACCACGAGUUCCUCGAAGCGUUCGACAGUGCUGGUGUGGGUUUUGCUGUCCGUGUUCAAACGCCCAUCUGGGUCUGGAGGAUCAAGAGAUUCCUAAAUAUCGGAUGGGAGAAGGUCUUCCAGAAAGAUAUCGCGAAGAUGCACAACUUUAUCAAUAAAGUCAUCAUGGAGUCGAUGCAGAAGAAGGCGGAGCUCGCUGCCAAGGGCGAGAAGAUGGACGCCAAAGAUUUAAUCUCGCUCUUCAUGGAGAGCAACCUGAGAGAGUCCGAAGACAUGCACAUCGAGGACGACGACGUGACUAUUAUGCGCGAUAUGGUCAUGACCUUUAUCUUCGCUGGCAAGGACACGACUGCACACAGCAUGAGCUGGUUCGUCGUCAUGAUGAACAGAUACCCGGACGUGUUGCGUAAGAUCCGUGAGGAGAUGAAGGAGAAGCUCCCGGGACUGUUUAAUGGGGAGAUUAGAGUGCCCACUCAGGAGCAAGUCCGUAACCUCGUGUACCUGGAAGCUGUGAUCAAGGAGAACAUGCGUCUCACGCCUUCUACAGGCUUUAUCGCACGCGAGUGCAUGAAGGACACGACGCUGGUGGACGGUACGUUCAUCAAGAAGGGCCAGACGAUCAUGGUCUCAUCAUACUGCAACGGACGCAACAAGAAGUCGUGGGGCGAGGACGCUCUCAAGUUCAAGCCUGAGCGUAUGAUCAACCCAGAAACCGGCAAACUGCGCGUGUUUUCACCGUUUAAGUUCAGCGCCUUUGGCUCUGGACAGCACGUGUGCAUUGGUCAGAGAUUCGCUAUGAUGCAACUCAAGAUGACGCUGGCUGCGCUUUUUAGCAAGUUCGACAUCAAGACAGUGGAGGACCCGUGGGACAUCACGUACGAGUUCUCCAUUGGUAUCCCGGUCAAGGGUCCACUGGAAGUGGAAGUUACGCCUCUGGCAUCGACUUCUGUGUAGACGUUUACAUGGUAGCAGUCCCAGCAAAUACCCUAAAAACGGUAAAUUCUGGAGAAUUGCUACAUGUAAUUUGUUAUUUGUUGCUCCCAAAUUAAUUCUGUGCAUUUCAAAUGGAGCAGCUAACACUUGGACGGUGAUUACAUUUACACGCAUGUAAGAAGAUCAACUAUGCCAUGUAGACGUAGAUGGUACUUUGCCACAAGUCAGUCAGGAUGAUACACAUGUAUGUACAUUAUUUCUUCAGCA